UCCGUCAUCUGAAGGUUUCCUAUAAGUCCCUUCCAAGGCGUGUCACCAGGAUUGUGUUUAACAUGCACGCUCCCAAGAGUGUGUAGCUCAUCUGUUCAAGAAGAGUGUCGAGUGUGUUUGUCUGCAUACAUUCUUCAAGUGCAAAGAUGGGCUCAGUUGGCGCAGAGCGCCGCAGGCCCACGCCAGCUCAGACCCCUGAGGAAAGGGAUGUGUGGAGGGAUGGAGGAAGAGCCGGAUGGAGGGAUGUGGGGAAGGAGGGCUGGAGAGAGGGAAGAGAGAGCGGAGUGGUGCAGAGCUACAGCUUCGAUUCGUACCAGUUGGAAGAGGAGGAGAUCAGUAAAGAUGCCCCAGAGCGAGGAGUACUAGCUCUGUCCGAGCCCGACUUUGAAGAACCAAUCCCUGAUGACCGUUACCAUGGCAUCUAUUUUGCUAUGCUAUUGGCUGGUGUUGGUUUUCUGCUUCCCUACAACAGUUUCAUCACUGAUGUUGACUACCUGCACCACAAGUUUAGAGGAACAUCCAUAGUGUUUGACAUGAGCCUGACAUACAUCUUGGUUGCUCUGUUGGCUGUCAUUCUCAACAAUGUGCUGGUGGAGAGACUCAGCAUGCACACCAGGAUUACGGUUGGUUACAUCUUGGCUCUGGGACCGUUGCUUUUUGUCAGUGUGUUUGAUGUCUGGCUGGAAAAGUUCACCACCAAGCAGGCUUAUGUCAUCAACCUUUUGUCAGUAGGAGUGGUGGCCUUUGGAUGUACAGUGCAGCAGUCCAGUUUCUAUGGUUACAUGGGGAUGCUGCCUAAGAGGUAUACACAAGGGGUGAUGACUGGAGAAAGCACAGCUGGAGUAAUCAUCUCCUUGUCGCGCAUCUUUACUAAGCUGCUGAUCACCGACGAGAAAAAGAACACACUCAUCUUCUUCCUCGUUUCCAUCAGCAUGGAGAUGCUCUGCUUCCUGCUUCACCUUGUCGUCCGCCGAUCACGAUUUGUCCGCUAUUACACCAGCCACGCCCAGGGCAAAGGUCCGGCCAAAUGUCACGAUCCACGAGACAGUGGCACUGGAUACAGGGUACACCAUGAUGUCACUUCAGAGGAAGUAAGAUUUGGAAACAAUGGGACAGGACCAUCCUCUACAGAAGAAGGUGUUGAGGACUUUGUGGGUGCAACUUACGUCCGGUUUGAUGCCCCAAAAGCCAAGAUAAGAAGGAGCUGGCCUGGUGUCCGUGACAUGAUCUUGCAUCGUUACGUGGUAUCUCGUGUGAUCUGGGCCUACAUGCUGUCCAUCGCUGUGACCUACAGCAUCACCCUGUGUCUGUUCCCUGGGCUGGAGUCGGAGAUACGGAACCCCACCUUAGGGGAAUGGCUCCCCAUCCUCAUCAUGGCCACAUUCAACAUGUCAGACUUUGUUGGCAAGAUCCUGGCAGCGCUGCCGUAUGACUGGUCUGGAGGCCGCCUGCUCUUCUUCUCCUGCCUCAGGGUGGUCUUCAUCCCUCUGUUUGUCAUGUGCGUGUACCCAGCCAAUGCGCCCACGCUGUCCCAUCCCGCCUGGCCGUGUCUCUUCUCCCUUCUUAUGGGAGUCACCAACGGAUAUUUUGGGUCUGUGCCGAUGAUCCAGGCUGCUGGAAAAGUGCCACCUGAACAGAGGGAGCUGGCAGGGAAUACUAUGACGGUCUCCUAUAUGACAGGAUUGAUGGUUGGCUCCGCUGUGGCUUAUGCAGCUUACAGCUUCACUGUUCCUGCAGGAGGAGCACGCUUCUCCACACUCAACAUACAUGCACCUUACAAUGCUACUGGGUACUGAAUGUCCACAUACAGAAAACACACACAUACAGAGGUAUUUAUACUCAUGAAUGUACACACAUGCAGCACGACCAUUACACUAAAAUUACACUUAAAGCAGUGUGGACUGAUGGACUUGAGUCCAGCUGCAGAGGAUGAGAGGAGAGAUAAAAAGCAGCAUCAAGUGAUGGACAAUAAAAGGAAACAUUUGUAGAGAACCAGUGACUUUUAAAAACAGAUGCUGUGAUGAACUUAUAGGGAGGUGCAACCGGAGCUGAUCUAAGCCCUUUAGGUAUCACACAGUUAAAUUACUGUCUGCAUGUGAGCAAACGUUUGUCAGGUGUAAAGUCAGGUCAAGAUCUGUGGCAAGGAGCGAACUCUUGCAGUAGUAAAGGAGAUUUUGUCUUUUAAAUCACACAUGUUGCAUUUCAUGACAUCCCAGAAUAAUUAGUGUGAGUCAGCUGUUGAAGGAGAUGCAUUCAUGGAGAUUUUACUGGCUUUUGGUUCAUCACCAAAAAGAAACAAUAAUGUUCAAACAUUUAUUUACCACAACAGGACAGACGUUAAAGCUUUAACUUCUGCACAGUGACUGUAUGAGUAGGACACCCCAACACACCCCACUGCUGACACAUAACAAUAUUGUGAUUUGAUAUACUUAUGUGU